GCGCUGCGUUAGGUUGCGUGGGAGUGCCCCUGAAGUUGUCAAAGCUGCUGGAGAGGGGAAGAGAGGGAGAGGAGAAAAAAAAGUUAUAAAAGGAUGGAAAUCCAGCGAAUAAACUUCACGUAGUUCAUACACAGGCUGGGUGGACAGCAAACCUUCUCUGUGAUACGGACACACCUAGCUUUUUGCUCUCCGAUUCUUUGGUGAGAAGAAGAACAAGGUGGGAGUAAGAACGCAGAGGUCUUUGCCCAGCUGGACUGAGCAAAGCAGGAACAAUGAGGCCCUGAGGCCAGGCAGCCCAGAGGUGGCCACAAGUGUUAAUGCAGUUUCCGCCUUGGUUUGUAUUUACACAAUGCAGUGGUGCACGUGAUGGAAGAUGUCCUUCUCGGCUGUGAAUGGCUUGGAUGCUGGCCAUGAAGAUGACAAAGAGGCGACGGAGUCUAUGCCGGAGGAGAGUAUAGACUGCGCACAGUAUGAGGUGAAGCAGGAGUAUGAGACGGAGGAGGUUCGUGACCCAGCCACCAACGACUACAAUGGUUCAUUCUCCUCUGAAUCUGAGUGCCUAGUUUAUAUCGGUGGGGAUGAGCCCAUGAUAAAGCGCAAGAAGGGCCCAGCCCCGAAGAUGCUGGGCAACGAGGUGUGCAGCGUCUGUGGGGACAAGGCGUCGGGAUUCCACUACAACGUGCUGAGCUGCGAGGGCUGCAAGGGCUUCUUUCGCCGCAGUGUCAUCAAGAACGCGCAGUACACCUGCAAAAGCAGCGGCAAGUGCGAGAUGGACAUGUACAUGCGCAGGAAGUGCCAGGAAUGCCGGCUACGGAAAUGCCGGGAGGCUGGAAUGAGGGAACACUGCGUCCUGUCGGAAGAGCAGAUCCGCAGCAAGAAGCAGAAGAAGCGGGAGGAGGACCUGGCGCAGGCGGUGCUGGCGGCAGCGGAGGACUCGCCCGUGAGCGUGGACGUGGUACGGCUAACGCCGGAGCAGGAGGCGAUGAUUCAGCAGCUGGUGGCCGCCCAGCAGCAGUGUAACAAGCGGUCGUUCAGUGACCAGCCCAAAGUCACGCCUUGGCCACAGAGCAACGACCCCCAUAACCGGGAAACCCGGCAGCAACGCUUCGCACACUUCACGGAGCUGGCCAUCAUUUCAGUCCAGGAGAUCGUUGACUUUGCCAAACAGAUCCCGGGCUUCCUUGACCUCUCACGGGAGGACCAGAUUGCACUACUGAAGGCGUCCACAAUUGAGAUCAUGUUGCUGGAGACGGCGCGGCGAUACAACCACGAGACGGAAUGCAUCACGUUCCUCAAGGACUUCACGUACAGCAAGGACGACUUUGCACGAGCCGGGCUGCAGUUUGGGUUCAUUAACCCGAUCUUCGAGUUCUCGAAGGGCAUGAGGAAGCUGCAGCUGGACGACGCUGAGUAUGCGCUGCUUAUCGCCAUCAACAUCUUCUCUGCAGAUCGGCCCAAUGUUCAAGACCACGAGUUGGUGGAGAGACUCCAGCAGCCAUACGUCGAAGCACUUCAUUCGUACUUGCAGAUCAAGCGACCAAAGGACCACCUGAUGUUCCCUCGCAUGCUGAUGAAGCUGGUCAGCCUCCGGACGCUGAGCAGUGUCCACUCUGAGCAAGUCUUUGCCCUCAGGCUGCAGGACAAGAAGCUGCCACCCCUGCUCUCCGAGAUCUGGGAUGUUCACGAGUGAAAGAGGACAAUGCUGUGAGCUGGAGUGGAGAGGAGGGCAGCGGAUGUUUCUUUCCAAAACUAGAAAUGGAACUGAGAAAGAUAUAUUAAAAAAAAUAGCCUGGCUUUUUUUAAAAAAAACUAAAAUCGAAAAGGAAAAAAUUACAAGACGGUCUGACCAACAUGGGGGAAGGGGAGGAUUGUUGAACUCUCACAACUAUUGAACUCACAUUGUGAACACAGGACACGAUGGUUGAAUGGGGUGGAGGUGUCCAUCACUGCACUUACUGAACUGAGCUCCAAUCCUCCCCAGAGCAGGGGUAUCGUUGCCCCUCUCAACUACCGUUGUUUAACGUGCAUUGUUUGUCAAGUCCCGCCCCAGAAAAAUUUUAACUGAUUAUUUGGGAGAUAUGUUUUGCCCAAUAAUAUAUAUGUGAAAUAAUGUUUUUUUUAAUGAGCUAAUUUUCAAUUUAGAUCAAACUCAAUCCGGAACUCGACAUUGGUUGUAUGUGAGUGUGUUUGUGUGUGUGUGUGUGUGUGUGUGUGUGUGUCUUAAGUAACCAUGUGUGUGAGAGAGAGAGAUUCUGUGUGUGAGAAAGACUGUGUGAGAGAGACUCUGUGUGUGUGUGUGUGUGUGUGUGUGAGAGAGAGAGAAAGACUGUGUGUGUAUGUGUGUGAGAGAGAGACUCUGUGUGUGAGACAGAGACUGUGUGUGUGUGUGUGAGAGAGAGAGAGACUCUGUGUGUGUGUGUGUGAGAGAGAGGGAGACUCUGUGUGUGUGUGUGUGAGAGAGAGGGAGAGAGAGACUUAAGUUACCGUGUGUGAGAGAGAGAGACUGAGAGAGAGAGAGACUGUGUGUGUGUGUGUGUGAGACUUAAGUUAUCGUGUGUGUGAGAGAGAGAGAGAGAGAGACUCUGUAUGUGUGUGUGUGUCUGAGAGAGAGAGAGAGAGAGAGACUGUGUGAAAGAGAGACUCUAUGUGUGUGUGAGAGAGAUUUGCAUGUGUAAGUAUUUUCUCCUGCAAGUUUGGUCUGAGCUCUAUGAAGGGAAUAGAUGUACAUCAGCCUAUGUAUUACAGAGAAGAAACCUAUUUAGUUUUAUAACAGACGUAAGCACUACACCCUGUUGGUAUUGAUAGCUGAAGCAAUGAAUUGUUGAUCAGUGGUGCGUCUCCCAGGAGUCUGAUAAUCGGAUAUUCACUGCUUGUUGUGUUACUGGGGCAUGAAAGUCAUUUUCUCUCAAGGAAUCAACCUAAUCAGGGGCCUGUGGAUGUAGAUGUUUUGUGUUUUUCUUGCUUAGAUAUCCAUGAUACCUAGGACGGUGUGCAUUUGGCCAAUAAACCAGAUCACCAGUG